AUGAGCGACGAGGGCGAAUCAUGGGCCCUGUUUGAAGAGCCCAAAGACUUUCGUCCGCCUACGCCUCCCCCCACCGAAACCCAGCAUGUUAUGAAAAAUGGCUCGGUGAUUCGCUUGCGUUUGGUGGGUACACAUCCGCUCUGGGGUCACUAUUUAUGGAAUGCAGCGCCUACGCUGACCAACUACUUGGAAGACCACCCUGCAUUGGUGAAAAACCAGGCCGUGCUUGAGCUGGGCGCAGCGGCUGCCUUGCCGUCCAUCGGUUGCGUCAAAAUGGGCGCACAGUCUGUCGUUGCGACCGAUUAUCCCGACCCAGAUUUGAUGGGCAACGUACGCUACAAUCUCACGCACAACCAGUGCGAGCCUACAGGCGUGGCGGAAGGGUAUAUUUGGGGCACCGAUCCCGCGUCUCUCCUCGCGCAUGCACCAAACGGAUUUGGUUUGAUAUUGAUGUCGGACCUCAUUUUUAAUCACCAAGCACAUCCUGCGCUUAUGAAUACGGUCGACCAAUGCCUCGCCUCUACACCCAAUGCACAGGUUCUUGUCUUUUUCAGUCAUCACAGACCGCACUUGGUGGAUCGUGACUUGGCCUUCUUUGAUGUGGCCAGGGAGCGAGGGUAUGUCUGCGACAAAAUCCAGGAAUGGAUCCUGCAGCCUAUGUUCCCAGAGGACCCGGGUGACGAGCAUGUACGUGCCACUGUGCACGGCUAUACCAUUCGACGACCGUAG